AUGGGUCUGUCUAGCGAGGAAAAAAAACAUCUAUAUGAAUUAUUUCAACAACAGCGCCAAAGUCAAAAAUUGGCUGAAGUCAGUGAGGCAAAAAGUCUUUUCGCAAGUUUAACGGAUCUUGAUUAUGAACCUG